GCACACCAUCCGUCGCGUUUAGAGGCGAAAACACUAUUUAUAAACGCUGUCUUUGACCCUCCGCUGACUUGUAAAUGGCUUAAGAUGGGCAGUCAGCCAGCGUACGAUUUGCAUGAUUAUUUUAAGAUGGAAAACUGAAGAAGAAGAAGGAAUAGCGAACAAGGCACAAACGGAAUGCUGAAAAAUGCACGCGUUUGCGUAAAACAGAAACCUUCCGCUUCCCUGCAGAAACGUUUAGUUAACACAAAAAUCGGCUGUCAACUCGUAGCUGAUACCUCAGCGGCUGGAACAGGAAAGCAGACUGUCUGCUCUUGUAAGACUGGGACCAGGGACAUUAAGAAAGCUCCGGGCUCAGGCUGUGGCCUGGGGACAGAGGCUCUCCCUUCCGCGGCUGCUCCCACAUAAAACGAGUGUUUUAGUACAGUUUUAAAGCCACUUCUGAGAUUCGCUUCGGAUUAUUUAACUUUUCAAAACCAUGGCGUCCUAUGUGGAUAGCAGUUUUCGGCAGGCGGUGAUGGUGACUCCGUCAGAGAGGACGCAACAGGACUUGGAGAUUGUAUAUUCCUACUUGCAUGGAAUGGAGGCGCUGUCCAAUCUCCGGGAACACCAACUGAGGAUAAUGUGUGAAUCAGUCCGCUACGAAAGACACGAAGCCAACGAAGUGCUCUAUUAUCCGGAUGACAUCGGCACGUGCUGGUACAUACUGCUCUCCGGAUCGGUCUUCAUCAAAGAGUCCAUGUUCCUGCCUCGGUCCAGUUUUGGGAAGAGGUCUGCUGGGAGUUUACGGCGUGGAUGCGAGUGCAUCGUUCUGGAGCCAUCCGAGAUGAUUGUGGUGGACUAUAUGGAUGAGAAUGAGGAGUAUUUUCAGCGGCAGGCAUCGCAUCGACAGUCACGCCGAAGGUUUCGCAAGAUCAACCAGAAAGGCGAGCGGCAAAUCAUCAUCGAUACGGUAGACCCCUAUCCAGCAGGCAAGCCACCCAUCGGCAGGGGAUACCAUACGCUGCCGGCAGACUUCAGCAGAUUACACCUGGCAGACGGGAUUCAUCCCCAGGUGACGCACGUUUCCUCCAGCCACUCAGGAUGUAGCAUCACCAGUGACUCUGGGAGCAGCAGCCUGUCGGACAUCUACCAGGCCACCGAGAGUGAGCCCGGCGACAUGGACCUCAGUGGCCUGCCAGAGACAGCCGUCGACUCCGAAGAGGAUGAUGAUGAGGAAGAUAUUGAACGUGCCUCAGAUCCCCUUAUGAGCCGAGACAUCGUCCGAGACUGCCUGGAGAAAGACCCCAUGGACCGAACGGAUGACGACAUAGAGCAAUUGUUGGAGUUCAUGCACCAGCUACCAGCCUUUGCCAACAUGACCAUGUCGGUCAGGAGGGAGCUCUGUGCUGUCAUGGUGUUCGCUGUGGUGGAACGGGCUGGCACAAUCGUCCUUAACGAUGGUGAAGAGCUGGACUCGUGGUCCGUAAUUCUGAAUGGCUCUGUGGAGGUAACGCACCCAGAUGGCCGGACAGAAAUCCUGUGCAUGGGCAACAGCUUUGGUGUGUCCCCCACCAUGGAGAAAGAGUAUAUGAAAGGGGUGAUGAAAACCAAGGUGGAUGACUGCCAGUUUGUGUGCAUAGCACAGCAGGAUUACUGCUGCAUUCUAAACCAAGUGGAGAAGAACAUGCAGAAAGUGGAAGAAGAGGGCGAGAUUGUGAUGGUCAAGGAACAUCGCGAGCUUGACCGCACGGGCACCAGAAAAGGACAUAUUGUCAUCAAGGGCACUCCAGAGCGUCUUACCAUGCACCUUGUAGAAGAGCACUCGGUGGUGGACCCCACCUACAUCGAGGACUUUCUGCUGACCUACCGCACCUUUCUGCCAAGCCCCAUGGUGGUGGGCAAGAAACUGCUGGAGUGGUUCCAUGACCCCAGCCUCAGGGACAAGGUUACACGGGUAGUCUUGCUGUGGGUGAACAAUCACUUCAACGACUUUGAGGGCAACCCUUCAAUGACACUUUUUCUCGAGGAGUUUGAGUACAAUCUAGACAGAGAGAAAAUGUGUGGGCAUCUAAGACUGUUAAACAUAGCAUGUGCUGCCAAAGCUAAGCUAAGGGUGGUGACCCUUACCAAACCUUCAAGGGAAGCCCCCCUGGCCUUCACCCUGCUAGGGGGUUCAGAGAAGGGCUUUCGCAUUUUCAUUGACAGCGUGGAGCCGGGCAGCAAAGCUGCAGAGGCUGGCCUUAAACGAGGAGAUCAGAUACUGGAGGUAAAUGGGCAAAACUUUGAAAAUGUGCUGCUAUCCAAAGCCAACGAGAUCCUGAAAAACAACACGCACCUGUCCAUUACUGUGAAAACAAAUCUCUUAGUGUUUAAGGAGCUACUGGCCAGACCAGACCAGGACCCAGAGCAUGACCAGGAUGAGGAACCAGACAGGAAGAAUGGGGCACCUCACAUCCCCAAAAUUGGUGACAUAAAGAAAGCCAGCCGCUACUCCAUCCCAGACCUAGCUGUUGAUGUGGAGCAGGUCAUGGGUCUUGAGAAAGCUAGUAAGAAAGCGAAGGCCAACACCGUAGGUGGCAGAAACAAGCUGAAGAAGAUCUUCGACAAGACACUGACCAGUAUUCUUCCACCCAAGCCAUACAAUGAUGUGGGGGUUGGCCAGUCCCAGGAUGACAGUAUUGUUGGGCUAAAGCAGUCAAAGCAUAUCCCUCCUGCUCUUCCUGUAAGUGGAAACCUUUCAUCCAGCAACCCUGACCUGCUGCAGUCACAUCACCGUAUACUCGACUUCAACAACCAGCCUGACAUGUCAGACCAGGUAUUGCGAGUGUUCAAGGCUGACCAGCAAAGUCGGUACAUCAUGAUCGGGAAGGACACCACAGCAAAGGAAGUCGUAGCUCAGGCUAUCCGAGAGUUUGCAUUGACCGCUGCCCCUGAAGCCUAUUCGCUGUGUGAAGUGUCAGUCACACCUGAGGGCGUCAUCAAACAGCGGCGUCUCCCUGAGCAGCUCUCAAAAUUGGCCGACAGGAUCCAACUGAGCGGCAGGUACUACCUGAAAAGCAACAUGGAGACAGAGACAUUGUGCUCAGAUGAAGAUGCCCAGGAACUGCUGCGGGAGAGCCAGAUCAGCCUGCUGCAGCUCAGCACAGUGGAAGUGGCGACCCAGCUAUCCAUGCGUGCCUUCGAGUUAUUCUGUGCCAUCGAGCCCACCGAGUACAUUGAUGACCUGUUCAAGCUAAAAACUCGCUUGUCUGGUCCCCCCAGCCUCAAGCUUUUUGAAGAGGCCAUCAAUCGGGAGACCUUCUGGGUAACCACGGAGGUGGUGCGUGAACCAAACCAGCUGAAACGCAUGAAGAUCAUCAAGCACUUCAUUAAGAUUGCACUGCACUGCCGCGAGUGCAAGAACUUCAACUCCAUGUUUGCCAUCAUUAGUGGUCUGAAUUUAGCACCAGUGUCCAGACUGAGAGGCACGUGGGAGAAGUUGCCCAGUAAAUACGAAAAGCUGUUUAGUGAUCUACAAGAUCUGUUUGACCCAUCCAGGAAUAUGGCCAAGUACAGGAACCUUCUAAACAGCCAAAAUCUGCAGCCACCCAUCAUCCCACUGUUUCCUGUAAUCAAGAAGGAUCUCACGUUCCUGCAUGAGGGAAACGACUCAAAGGUGGAUGGUUUGGUGAACUUUGAGAAGUUGCGGAUGAUUGCUAAAGAGAUCAGACAUGUAGGCCGGAUGGCAGCUGUAAACAUGGAUCCUGCUCUAAUGUUCAGAACCAGGAAGAAGAAGUGGAGGAGUUUGGGGUCACUCAGUCAGGGCAGUGCCAAUGCGGCCGUCUUGGAUGUAACCCAGACAGGCGGGCACAAAAAGCGUGUCAGACGGAGUUCCUUCCUCAAUGCCAAGAAGCUUUAUGAGGACGCGCAGAUGGCACGCAAGGUUAAACAAUACCUGUCCAACCUCACCCUAGACACGAACGAAGAGAGCCUGCAGACGCUCUCAAUGCAGUGCGAACCCUCAAUAAACACAUUGCCGAAAAGUUCUGGGGAUAAGAGGAGACCCGACACAUCUCCUGUGGUUGCACGGGCUGCCAUUCACCAGCGCCAGCAGCUGCAGAAAGCCAACCAGGCGCUUCAAGUGCCUGCCGUUGCCCUCUACCCAUCUCGCAAGAAAGUGCCAGUCAAAGACUUGCCGCCAUUUGGUACAAGCUCACCCCAGUCUCUGAAGAAGAUACUGUCCCUUUCAGAGGAGGCGGGUGAGAGACACAGGAAACAGAUAGAGGACAGUGUGUCCAACAACUCCUCACAGCUGUCCUCUCCUCCAACAUCUCCUCACAGCUCACCUAAAAAGGGUUACGGACGAGCAGGUGAUUACAUAUCAGACUCUGGCCACAGUGAGAUCUCCUCACGCUCUAGUCUGUUGAGCACCUCCUCCCUGGAUAUGGGGCAAGAGGAGCGCAAGCAGCGGUAUGGAGGAAUGGCUGGGGAGGUCCAUGGUAGCGGUCACCGGCUAGAGCGCAGGGCAACCGCUGACCCUGACCAGUACAGCUUGGGGUCCUACUCAUCAAUGCAGGACUGCCGGGGUUUGUAUGCUGGCGCCACAGUGCUGUCGUCCCCUAGCUCAGAAGAGCUCACCCAGGACCAGGGCGACCGGGUCUCGCUCGACGCUGCUGAUUCUGGCCGUGGCAGCUGGACUUCCUGUUCCAGCGGUUCCCAUGACAACAUCCAGACCAUGCAGCAGGGGCGUAGUUGGGAGGCGCUGGCAGAGGGGGCGGGACUCUGGGGAAGUAGAGGCAGCUGGGCUUCGGCGUGCUCCUCCUCAUCAUCUGCGGCAUGUUGGGGUGAGGACUCAGAGGGCGACACGGGCACGAUCAAGCGGAGAGGAGGAAGAGACGUGACCACAGAUCCUGAGACCAGCAGCAUCACCUCCACUGGAUCAGAAGAGUCCAGACAGCACAGUCGACGCCCAUCACCCAUCACUGCAGGCAACACCAAGACUGUUAUUACACGGAAGGAUGGUCGCUAUCGGGACCCGCCACCCACACCGCCAGGCUACACUGCACUGACCAUCUCGGACGUGGCCGACGGUUCGGCACACUCCGGCAGGAGACCCCCAGACUACACUACGGCCUUGCAGCGCUCCCGCCUCGUCACACACUCCCCUGACUCCCAGCAGCCCCCUGCUGGAGGAAAGUCCACCCCGUUGGACCCCCGGAGCCGAGAAGAGGAGGAAGCAGAGGAGAUGGAAGAGGAGGAGGAUGAACAGGUGUCCGCUGUUUGAAAGGGGACGACACUGGCUUUUAUUCGCUUGCUGCAAUGACUGAUGGCCCAUAUAGGGGCUUCACAGGUCAAACAGACAGCCAGAUCAACCAGUCUACAUCUUGCUGGCACUGCCUUUCUCCCUCCUUAUGGAUUCAUCUCCCUACCCUGCCUUAAAGCAUCAUGGGGGGUUUGUUGCCCUGCAUGCUCAAUAUACUGUGAAGAAAGGAGGCGAGCAAAAAUAGAAAAAAAACGAUUUGGCACUUUGAAGAAAGGAAAAAUGAACUGAACUGAAAACCGAACAGUGCUUUGACAUUCACACAAGAACAAACUACUGUUAACGGUUAUCCUCAGACAAUGUCCCCCUUUUCCUCUGCUUAAUGGUCACAAAAAUACAUUUAGUAGUUCCCUAUCAGCACUUUUUACUGUUUCAAGGUGUAAACUCAUGCAUACACUACAUUUUUCAGUCGCCCAAUUCUCGUAAAGGGCAUAUACAGUUUGGAAGGUGAAAAUGGCUUGAAUAUGUUCAGGCUACAUCUCAUCAACACCACAUCAGUUCAUAUGGCAACACUCAUAUAUGUGUGGUUCUGUAUUACAGUAUUAUAUCGACAGAGCUCGGCUUGAGGGACAGAUACUAUUCUCCUGAAGAACUGGAGGACUACAUUGUGAAAACUGGAGUUUGCAUCGUGACUCCAGACAUAUGUAGCACACCACUUUACUAUGGAAGGUGCAAUGUGGACAGGAUCCUGUGUGAAGCCUUAUUGGGAGAGUGAGUGAUAUUAUUGGUUCAUGGCCUUAGUGUGUUUGGGAUCCGUGUAAAAGUGUGAAUGAAACAUCAGGUUUGGUCAAAGGCCUCAUAACAAGUGUGAUAUGGAAAAAAACUGGUCAAACUCAAUUUAAUGUGACAUCUCUUUGAAGGGAAGGUACAAGUUAGGACAAUCCAACCUGAGAAAUAACAUCUUAAACCAGCCUAAACUGUUGUGCUGGUCUUAAUUAGUCUCCCAGCCUGGUAUGGCUGAUCUGUUGGCUGGUUUUAGAAGUUGAUCAGGCUGGGUGACAUUUUGUAUGACAAGAGCAACUUUGCUAUUGAACACCUCUACUGUUCAAAAUUAAAAGGAAUAUUCAGUGCUCAAUACAAGUCAAGCUCAAUCGACAGUAUUGGUGGCAUAAUGUUGAUUACAGCAAAAUGCAUUUCAACGGAUGCCUUGGUUAUAAAGAAAAAUAGCAAAAAUUGUGGUUACAAUAAGGCUAUUACAAUGGAAGCCCAUAUACAUUAAAAUACACACUUAAAGUUUCAAAAGUAUAGCCACUAGUCAUUAACUUUACAUGUGUUAUGUUGUUAUGUUUACAACAUGUUAACAUUUGUGUCAUAACAUCAGGGAUUUACCAACGUUACAGUAUUUACUAUAUUACUGGGUUUACCGGCAUUAUGCCGUCAUGACAACACAGUUGUAAUAAUAGAUAUAACUUAAUGAUAAGGUUAUUAAGUAAUUUUUUUUCACACUAAAAUCACUAAAAUCAAUUCACACUAAAAAUGUUGACAUGUAUAAUGUUUACAUCUUGUGGCUACACAGUUUAAAUCAUUGUAUUUGAAUGUUUAUGGACUGGCCCCAAUAACCUCUAUUGUAAGUGCCUUCCUGUAAUCAUGACUUCCGCUUAUUUUUAAUAAACAAGGGAUGAGAGGAUUUGUUUUUUUUUUAUGGCAAUUAACAUUCUUACACAAAUGCUGUCGAUUGAUCUCUGCUUGUAUUGAACUCGCAAACCUUUAAGCGAUCUUUGGCUGUGGCACACCGCCCCCUGUUGGUGUAAGUGAACACAGCAGGCUACUCAGGCAAAUGGGGUUGUCUAAUUUGGGUGCUACUUUCUUCCUGUUAUUUAACAGGUGUUAAAUACCAUUAAGGAGAUGUGUUUUGUGCCUGAAAAUUGGUGGCUUUUGUGCUGAUUGUUUUUACGAGUGCUCAAGUCAUGCAUGUUUCUCUUGGUGUGUAUGGAGUGGGCCAUGAUCAAACAUGCUGCACAACAGCUACCGGAAUCACUCACAGGAACCCAACUGAAAUGUGCUUUCGAGACUACGGUGGGAUAGGAACAUACAAACCCACCAGAAGGCUGCCAGUCAGUGAACUUAACCGGUGAGAACAAGUCAUGUGUAUUCUUUUGUUUUUAAUCACUGAGUUAAGCUGAUCACAUUGAUCAGUAGUUAGAAACAAUAAACAAAAAAAAAGAAAAAGAAAAAAAUAAGUUUGCAGUGUUUUCCACUGUACCCUGUACCAUCACUUCUACUUCAAUGUUUCUUUCUCUAAUUGCCUGUUUGUUUGUAGAUUCUUGUUUUUUUUUAUUAUUAUUUUGGGUUCCCACACAUUUUUUUUUUUGUAAUGGUUGAAAUGGAUACAGUUGUUGAUAGCAACACAUUUGUAACAGUAAAUAUAUGAAUCAUCUCCUUCCAUUUCCUUUUUUUUUUUUUUUUUUUUAGUAAAUAUUCACACCUUUUGGCAAGCCAAGAUGAGUCACUUGUUUUGCUAAAUAAGUUGCACAAAUUGUACAAGCAUAAAUACAACAAGGUAAAUAGUAGUAUGUAGCUUAUCUGCUACUCUGUUCAAUUUGUGAUGUCAAGUGAGAAGUGUACAUUUAGCGGUGAAGAUUCUCUCUUUUGUUUUGACUGCUUUUACCUGUAUGUCUUUUAAAAAGACAAUUGGUGGAGUAUGUAUUUGUUCUUAUUUUUGUCUUUUUGUUUUGUAUUUUAAAUACAAUAAUUGUAAAUAUUGGUUAUAUUUUUGUUGAAUUGUAGAAAUGUAUGAUGAUUAUGCCUCAACAUCCAGUUAAUAUUAAGCUGGGAGUCAAUAAAUUCGACAAAAAUGAAUCAACUUAUAGUUUUAAAUGCACAUUAUUAUUAUUAUUAUUAUUAUUAUUAUUAUUAUUAUUAUUAUUGCUAUUUUUUGUUUUGUUUGUAAAACAUUGUUUCUUUUAAUGACCUCUGGCACCAUCUAGUGUUUGCACAAGAUAAGACAUGGAAGUAACUUGAAAACAUGUAUCUCAUACUUUUCUAACUGACAAAUGUAUGUUGGGGUUAAUAAAAAGACAUCCAUAUCUAUAUGCAGUUUAGUACUGUUUGCUUAUCAGUAAUUCUUCUAAAAUUCUGACAGCCCAAUGUGGACAUACUCUCACAGGGUUUUUCCUGGCUCAAAAUGAGGCGGUGGUGUCAAAGUCUGGUCAUUUUAAUGUAGUUUUAGUCAAUGAA